CUGGGCCACGAGUCGCACGACGCGUCUCGUCUCAGCGCAAUCCUUCAACCAUGUAUAGUCCAUCGCGGACACUGUGUACUAGGCGCUCGUGCCUGCAUACAUGGUCGUCUCAAUUCUUAUGGCCAGCAUUGUUCCAUCCAUCUCCGUUCGUCCACCACCUCCGACAGGCCCUCUUACCUGGCUGUUUCAGAGCUUGCGCUCAUGUCACUGGAAAUGGUCAACCAGGAUGCAGGGCAUGACGAGGAGAAAGCGACACCGAAGGUGUCUUCUCAUACCGAGCCCCAACUGGUAGCAAAGAUACGGCUUUUUCGCACAAGAGCUAGCUGCGCCUCGCAGAGCGUACUUCAAGGUUGUCCUCCGGGCGCUUGUGCUCACCCUUCUGCUCAUGUGGAUAUGCUUGCCUAUCUAUUGGGGCGCGCUUGCUUAUCCCACUCAACGAACCAAGAACCUCGCAGUGUGGUUUGUCGACCGGGAUGACUCACAGCUUGGGCGUUCGCUCUGGACAGCGGUAUCCGGUCCAAACAAUACGGGGCUUCCGCUCGGCUGGCAGCGUCUCUCUGAGGGUGAUGCGGUUCUGUCUGGGGAAGAAGGCAACGCGGUGGUGACGGGUGCAGUGUUAAAUAACGAGAUAUGGGCAGCAGUGGUUGUCGCGUCCAAUGCGACGAGCCGCCUUGCAGCGGCACGCGAAACGGGAGAUAGCACGUUUGACCCGCGUGGGCUUGUAACAAUGUAUUAUGCUCAAGCACGGCAAGAGAUCGCGAUUGGCACGUACCUCCUUCCCUCCCUCACCUCUGCCCUAUCCGCCGCGACGGGCGCCUACGCAACAACGUCCGCGCAGGACUACCUUAUGCGUGUAUACGCGCAGGGCCGACCUAACACAACUGCACUUCAGAUGCUCGCGCGGGCCCCACAAACGCUUGUUCCUGGGGUUGCGUUUAGUCAGAUCAACCUGCGUCCGCUGACUGCACCGGUUGCAACCGCCGUAAUACUCGUCGGACAAAUCUUCCUCGCUAUAUUCACGUCUAUCAUCACAAUGGCCAACGCGACCGCCCGUGCGCAUAUCGCCCCGCGUCUCAAGUUCCGCUCCUACACCGUGCUCCGCCUUGUCGUGCCCACGGCCGCAUACGUCCCGCUCGCGCUGACCUACUCACUCGUCAGCCUCGCAUUUGGACUGCCUUUUGACGCAAAAUAUGGGCAAGGCGUCGGUUUCGUGCUGUUCUGGGUCUACGUCUGGCUCGGACUCUGUGCUCUCGGCCUUGCGCUCGAAGCUAUGGUCACGGUCCUGACGCCGCGGUUCUUGCCGUUUUUCUUGUUCUUGCUCAUCAUCGUGAACCUCUCAGCUGCGGCUUUGCCCGACGAGCUCCAGCCGUCACUGUACAAGUACAGUGUCGCCUUUCCGAUGUGGAAUCUGUGCGUAUCAUAUGGUAAUGUUCAUCUUGCCGAUUCACUCACUGAUGUGCUUUCUGGAAUUUACUUCCAGUUCGUCUGCAAUCCGUACGAUCUCGUUCAACGCCUUCUCUCAACUCGGUACCAACGCGGGGGUGCUCAUCGCGUGGACGAUACUCUCAAUGUCGACGAUCACCGUUUUCUCGUGGCUUUCCCGCCGGCGAGAGGAAGGUCGCGGUCAAGGGAGAGGACAGGUUGUGUCGGCGCCGAGUGUUGUGCGCGGAAAUGGGAAGAUGGAUACGAAAGCGUGACUAG